UAAAAAUACCAGGAAGAAAAUGGCAGACGACGUAAAGUUGCCAAUAACUCGACAAAUCCAGAAAGAAAGCCGUGAAAGUGGAGUUCCUCCAGCCGACGUGCACCUCCAAGCUGUAGAAGAUUGUUGUAUUUAUGACCGGCACGGAAUGUCGAUCCCGUUCAAGAGUUUAUAUCAAAACAGGAAGUCCAUCAUAAUAUUUGUGCGGAAUUUCUUGUGCUACAGCUGUAAAGAAUAUGUGGAUGAUUUGAGCAAAAUACCCAAAAAGGUGCUAGAGGAUGCUGAGGUUGGUCUUGUUGUCAUCGGCCAGUCUGCUCAUUAUCACAUAGUUCCUUUCUGCUCGCAGACAGACUAUCCUCAUGACAUCUAUGUGGACCCUGAAAGGAUAAUCUACCAGAAGCUGGGGAUGAAAAGAGAAGAGAAAUUUACAGUAUCAGCUCAACCAAGUCCUCAUGUGAAGUCUGGUGUCUUCAUGGGUCAAAUGAAGAGCAUAUGGAGAGCUAUGACUAGUCCUGUGUUCGACUUCCAGGGUGAUCUUCAUCAGCAAGGUGGAGCCAUCAUUGCAGGGCCAGGUUCUCAAGUGCAUUUCUGCCAUUUCAACAUGAACCGUCUGGACCACAUGCCCAUAAACUGGCUCCUGCAACUAGCAGGAGUUCAGCACAUUGUGAACUUUAGUGAGAAGGCAAAGGUCAUCCAUGUGUAGCCAGCUACCAUGACCCAAAGAGGGCCUCAUUUACGCAUCUUAAGCCAAUUUGAAAUGGUUUGGGAAAAGUUUAUCAUUCAUAUCACUGACAACUUGUUUAACAUCCCAACUUACAUAAGUUUUGCAUGGCUUUGCACAAGACUCAAGGACAUCCCUAUGUUGUACAGUACGGUGUAUGCAUUCAUUAUUUCAUUUAGCAAUGCCCACAACUAACUCAGUACAGUCAGACAGCUUUGCUUUUGUUAGUUAGAAGGCUACUUCCUGGUUCAUGGAGGAUGAUGCUCACACAGCCGGGUGGCAUUAUUUUGACUUUGGAGGUGGACGGUUCCAGUAAUGCUGUACAAAAAAAGUAUUGGUACACAACUUACACUUUUACAACGCCAAAUGAGCACAUGUAAUGUUUUGGUUUGUGGUUGAUAUUUGUACAGUUGUUUUCAUUCCAGAGAUGUUUGUGUAUUAAAUAAAGCAUGGGUUUUAUCUCUAGGUUGUAAUUGGGGUGGUAAUAUGGGUGUUGGCACAACACAUGUAAUUUAACAUGUUUGCAUUAUUUUUAAAGACUAUAACUUGGGUAUGUCUCGUUUUGAUUUUUUUUCUACAACGAAAUAAUAAAAGAAAUACUAUUAAAAGAAU